AUGAACCGCGUCGGCAGGAUGGAACAGAACUUCGAGACCCUGGGGUUCGAGAGUCUCGACAGCCUGUCUCUAACCAAGUUUUCGGAAGCUUUGAGGGAGGUCCUACCGUCCGACAAGAGUAAUGACAGGAUCCUGGACUACUAUAUAAUUUGGCUCUAUCGUCGUCUCAUGACCGCCGAUCUUUCCGCAGAUAACGAUUUCAGUCGUGAAAUCGCGGCUUGGUAUCGGUUGAUGAAGGAGACACCGCUUGCCGAUCACCAGAUUCUCCAAGCCUUCCACGGCUGGAAGCGCAGCCAUGCCGUCGAGGACCCAGCGAGUUCCAGGCGACUUAGCAUGGCUGAGGCUGAGCUGCGCAGAUUGAUAACACCGGCUGCUUCCAAGCUCUCCGGUCUCGUCACAGACUCUGCAAAGUCCGAGAAUUACCUGAGCCAGAUGCAGCUUGACAGUCCGAAGCUGUCCCAAGAAGAAAGUAUCAUUAUUGAGCCGGAUGAUCAUGGCGAGGAUGACCGUAGCGACGUGGCUGUUCUUUCCUCCGAUACAGUUGGAAAGAAAUCUACGCCGCCUAGGGCUGAGGAUAGAGACGGGCACCCCGACUUAUCUUUCCUAACAGGAUCGAAUAUGCUGCCCAUGAAUGAAAAGGCCAGGCUAUCUCGUAACAAGAGGGAGCCUGCAAUUGGGAAGCUCGAUGGCGAACCAAAGACAGUGACGGAAGACACCGUCUCGCACCCCAAGGACAAAGGAGCCGGCGUUUCCGGUAAACCACCGGCGGGUUAUAUGUGCAACCGUUGCGGGCGAAAAGGGCACUACUUUAAGAAUUGCCCAACCGCUCUGGAUCCCGCCUUUGACUGGAAACCGCCAAAGACAUAUGUGUGUCACCUGUGCAAAAGGAAAGGCCAGCACCACGUCUCCGUCUGUCCCCUGAAUCUGGACCCGGCCUCCAUUACGCAACAGAGGCUUAAACACGCGACAAAACCGGGCACACUUGGAGGAACCCGCCGGGCUGACCACCAAGUCUGCUACCGUGGCGAUCGUUGGCUUCCGUCAAGGAAUCGCUCUCCGUCGCCUGGCCGCAAAGCCAGGAGGCACCGGGGCAAUGACGCGUUACGGUCUCUGGAGAAUUUUCCCCGGCUUGGGCUGUUGUCGACUCAUCAUUCGCGCAAACGUCAGAUCUCACGUUCACCUUCGCCAUGCCGGAUCGCCUCGCGAAAGAAGAGUCGUUUAGCGGCUAAGGAAGUUGCGGCGAACACAGUUAGAAAGAUAUCAGGUGGUGAGCCGAUAGGCCGCUGGAAAGACCCCGAAGAAGGGCAACUUUCGUACGAGGACGAAGACGUCGGACAAAUUGCGCAACCCCCCUCUAUCAAGCCAACUCUGAGAUUGCUGGUAAACGAGGAGAGGGAUGCCGAGGCCCCAAACAUAUCACUUAAAGAGAGAGGCCAGGACGAAGAUCAUGCUGAAAGUAAGCGACAAUGGGAAUACGCCGUUCUCCAAAUGAUCCGGGACGAGAGUCUCAAGACAGACCUUCUCCAUACGAACGGCAUCGAGUGCCCUCCGUUUGUGCAUCACUUCAGAGGGGCGUUGUUCCUAAAUAAGGAGAGCAUAUGGGUCAACCCAACUGUGAACAGAGCUCGGCCUUCCUCAGCGGAGUUUUACGGCACGAUGGACGAGCCAAAGCAGCGAGCUGAGAGAGCCAGUUACGAGACAAAAGCCGAAGAGGCCGCCAAAGGUUCGAAGGAGACGGGCAUAUCCUCAGAACAAGUAACAAACCCGGACGUGAUUGAACUGGAGCAAACACGCCUACCUUCCGCAGAGGAAGGGGUCGUUGUAGUGCAUGACGCCGAACCUGCAGCAAGCAUGGUGGCUUUCCUUAAUGCAGCCAACUCGCCGAUGGUUGCCGCGAUGAGUCUCCGGGCCGAAAGGCUCCUGUGCAACGAGGAGGAAAAGGAGAGCGUUGAGUCAGAGGCGUCGCGAACAAGUACCGCUGAUGGAGUCUGCUCUACCGAAAAAGCUACAUCUGGGGCAGGACAGGCCACCACGAGUGGUAGUUCAAGCAGAAUUAUGGAUAUUGAUGAUGAGGGAGCCAAACCUUCGCCUCCAUAUCCUCCUAUUCUCGAACCAGCAAUCGAGUUGCCGUCAACUGCGGACGGGGGGCUCGCCUGCCAUGCGCAAUAA